AUGUUAAUGAAACGAGCUCGACAACUGUUAGAGAUCUCAAGCUAGCCAUAGAGACUGCUUUCAGCCACGUCCCGAAGAAUGUAAAUUUCAAACAAGCGUAUUCUAUGGUGAAGGUCACACAUGUGGGACAUUUCUGCUUGUAUUAUGGGGGUCAGAAGCUAAUCACUGAUACGAAGUGCAUCGGAAGUUAUGGCAUGAAGGACGGUGAUGAGGUAAGAUUCAAGAACCAUAUGUCCGGCAAUGCCAUAUUGAACAAGGGGUGCUCUAGAAAAUCCAAAGAAAAGAAGUUGAGCACACUGCUCUCCGAAACUUCACUUGGGCGUUGUCAGGGCAGCCAUAAUAAGCAUUGA